CUCCCUCCCUCCCUCCCUCGCCUACCUCACCGACGCGCUCCCUCCCUCCUCUCGCCAAUUUUCUACUCUUCCCUCCCUCCGCUUUCCGCCCCGCAUCUGCCCGCCUCUCACCUGCGAGCAGAUCUCGCCGCCCCCCUCGUCGGCGUCGGCCCCCGCGCCACGCCGGACCCUGACCUAACCCCCCACCCGGUCUGCCUCCCCCGCGCGCCGGAUCUGCCGCUGCCCUGCCGGCCAUGGACUCCGGCGGCGGGGCCACGGCCAUCCGCGUGCCGUACCGCCACAUCCGCGACGCCGAGAUGGAGCUCGUCAGACUCAACAGCACCAACAGCACCGGCGGCGACGCCGAGCGGCCCAAGGAGGAGCAGGGCAGCGGCGCGGAGGCGGGGGAGGGCGGCAGGAAGGGCGCGCCCAAGUGGCGGGUGGUGCUGGCCUGCAUGGUCGCCGCCGGCGUGCAGUUCGGCUGGGCGCUGCAGCUCUCCCUCCUCACCCCAUACAUCCAGACUCUAGGAAUAGACCAUGCCAUGGCGUCCUUCAUCUGGCUUUGUGGGCCUAUUACUGGUUUUGUGGUUCAACCUUGUGUUGGUGUCUGGAGUGACAAGUGCCGCUCCAAGUACGGGAGGAGACGGCCGUUCAUUUUGGCUGGAUGCGUGCUGAUUUGUGCAGCUGUAACUUUAGUCGGGUUUUCUGCAGACCUUGGCUACAUGUUAGGAGACACCACUGAGCACUGCAGUACAUACAAAGGUCUAAGAUAUCGAGCUGCUUUUAUUUUCAUUUUUGGAUUCUGGAUGCUGGACCUUGCAAAUAAUACAGUUCAAGGACCUGCUCGUGCCCUCCUAGCUGAUCUUUCAGGCCCCGAUCAAUGUAAUUCGGCAAAUGCAAUAUUCUGCUCAUGGAUGGCUGUCGGAAACGUUCUUGGUUUUUCAGCUGGUGCGAGUGGGAACUGGCACAAGUGGUUUCCUUUUCUGAUGACUAGGGCCUGUUGUGAAGCUUGUGGUAAUUUGAAAGCAGCUUUCUUAAUUGCAGUUGUAUUCCUUCUGUUUUGUAUGGCUGUUACCCUCUACUUUGCUGAAGAGAUUGCACUGGAACCAAAGGAUGCACAGCAGUUAUCUGACUCGGCUCCUCUACUGAACGGUUCUAGAGAUGAUCAUGAUGCUUCAAGUGAACAGACUAAUGGAGGACUUUCUAAUGGCCAUGCUGACACAAACCAUGUCUCACCUAAUUCCCGUGCUGAGGAUUCUACAGAUGCAGGCUCCAACUCGAACAAAGACGAUGUUGAGGCUUUCAAUGAUGGGCCAGGAGCAGUUUUGGUUAAAAUUUUGACUAGCAUGAGGCAUCUGCCUCCUGGAAUGUACUCCGUGCUUCUGGUUAUGGCCCUAACAUGGCUGUCAUGGUUUCCCUUUUUCCUUUUUGACACCGACUGGAUGGGGCGUGAAGUUUAUCACGGUGACCCAAAAGGAAACGCGAGUGAAAGGAAAGCUUAUGAUGAUGGUGUCCGAGAAGGUGCAUUUGGUUUGCUAUUGAAUUCAGUCGUCCUUGGGAUUGGCUCUUUCCUUAUCGAUCCAUUAUGCCGGAUGAUUGGUGCAAGAUUGGUUUGGGCAAUUAGCAACUUCAUAGUGUUUGCCUGCAUGUUGGCUACAACAAUACUAAGUUGGAUCUCCUAUGACCUGUACUCGAGCAAGCUUCAACAUAUUGUCGGGGCAGAUAAAACAGUCAAGACUUCAGCGCUCAUUCUUUUCUCUCUUCUUGGAUUGCCACUCUCGAUCACUUAUAGUGUUCCGUUCUCCGUGACUGCUGAGCUGACUGCCGGAACAGGAGGCGGACAAGGUUUGGCUACUGGAGUUUUGAAUCUUGCCAUUGUCGCUCCUCAGAUAGUGGUGUCACUCGGAGCCGGCCCAUGGGACAAGCUCUUGGGGGGUGGGAACGUCCCUGCCUUCGCCCUGGCCUCGGUUUUCUCGCUGGCAGCCGGAGUGCUCGCGGUGAUUAAGCUGCCCAAGCUGUCGAACAACUACCAAUCCGCCGGCUUUCACAUGGGCUGAACCCCGGAACUCAAACAUUGCUAAACCUCACUCAUUUUGACAUUCGUUUACAUAUGGAGAUGAUUCUUUUCUCCCUCUUGUUAGAUACAUAGUAAUAAGAUUAAAGAUGAGAUAUAGAUUAGGAUAGAGACCUAGUUUUUAGGCCUGUGUGCAUACAAGUGUCAGCCCCAAGUUGUAAAAGAUGUACACUUUUUUGUACUGUAUAUUAUUUCACGGAUGACCGGAUGUAAUGUAUAUUGUUUUUUAGUCUGUUCUAGGAUGAAAUUAGUGUAA